AAUUAAUAGGCGCCCAACCCCUCUCCUCUCCCUCCCCUUCCAUUGGUCACAGUAACGCCCAAACGUUUCAGUCCCUCGCGCCGUCUCCUUUUCCUUUCCCUCUCACCGAGGCAUUUACCACAGAAACAGAGCAAAAAAUGUUGGAUGGUUCCUCUCAUCUUCCCGAAUGGCUUCUAGCUUUGCUGACAGAGAAGUUCUUCAACGCCUGCAUAGACCAUGAGGAUGCCAAGAAGAACGAAAAGAACAUUUUUUGCUUGGAUUGCUCUGAAGCUAUUUGCCCUCACUGUGUUCAUCCCCACCGUCUUCUGCAGGUCAGAAGAUAUGUCUACCAUGAUGUUAUAAAGCUCAGCGAUGCUCAGAAGUUGCUGGAUUGUGAUUAUGUUCAGUCAUACACUAAUAAUGGGGCGAAAGUAGUGUUCUUGAAAAGCCGGCCGUUUUCCAAGACUUGCAGAAGCUCCGGCAACCCUUGCCUGAUUUGUGACAGAGUCCUUCAGAACCCAUAUCUGUUUUGUUCAAUUUCCUGCAAGCUGCAACAUCUUCUGAGGAGUGGGUCCCAGCUUGCAAAGCAUAUUCACAGUUAUGACCGUCGGACAAUGCAAGAAUGGGAUCUGGAAGACGGUCUGAUGACUCCCAACACAGUCCUCGAACCGGCUGGUUCUGUGAAGACCGAUUCUGGUGGCAGCGGGAGCCCCUCCGGCGUGGUGGAUUGCCGGACUUUCUGCUGCACUGCCACCACUGAGGUGGUCCGAAAGAAACGCAGCAACUUGCUAUCAUUCCGAUCGCCGGAGCUCCGGCGGAGUUUUUGUCCGGUCAUGGAAAUCACCGGCGCCGUGAAUAACAGGAGGAAGGGUGUUCCCCAGCGGUCUCCCCUAACUUGAUAAGUGGAAGGAGAUAUCCAUAAAUCCAGGGGAUUAUGGAUAACUUGAAGUUGAUGGGAUUAUACACUUUGGAUAGGGGCAAUAGUGGAAAUUGGCAGCUGUUUCAUUAUUUUGCUUAAUCCCCCAUUUUUAGUUCAAAUUGCUUUCUACUGCCCCCUUUUAUGGUGAGGCUUUUUCUUCAUCUAUUCUAUUGAUGAGUUGGUGCUUAAUCACUUGCUGUCUACAAAUCAAUGGUUAUGAAUGAACUAAUGUUGCUAACUUCUAAAUAGUCCUCACUCUUCAAUGUUGGUAUGAUCUAAAUGAAGAGGAGAUUUCACUUGGAGUUUCCAAACAUAGAUUGGAUCUAGUUACUUCUAUUCUUGUAAUAAUUUAGUUGCCCGACUAGAAUGUAUUGUCAUUGAUCAGUAAAUUUAACCGAUUCUG